AACGGCAAUGCCACUGGGACUGUGGGGCCCACCAGACCGGGCGGGGAACCGAGGUGCGGACGGAUAAGAGAGAGCAGGAUGCCAGGAUUUGGGAGGGUUAAUGACGCGUUAGGAGCCAGGAAAGGUGAGGCUAGACCCUGCAGGGGGACCCAUGACCCCGAGCCGGGCUCGUCGCCGCCGUCGGAGGCGCGCCCAGGGGCGGAGCCUCGUCCGAGCCCCGCCCAGGAGGUGGUGCCACCCCGGCCCCGCCCCCUGGCGCUCGGCGCCGCCAGCUCCGCCCUCGGCUCCCGUCGCUGCCUCUCACUUCCCCGCCCGCCUCGCCUCUCCGUUCUAGAAUUCGCCGCGCAGCUGUCUCAGCACAAAUGAGGAGACUGAAUCCAGAUACCCAGCCCCAUUCAAAUAUCCAGAUGCAGGAAAAUGAAGAAAACCUCAUUCCCUUUGCCAAGUAUUCCAGGGUGGUCAGCCGAACUCCACCCCCCAGCUUGCCUGCCCAGAGCCUCAGAUUGACACCCAAGCAUUAUGGAGACUUCUUCUGGGAGAACAUCAGUCAAAGACCCAGCCCCACCUGGAUGGAGGAACAGUACUUCCCACCCCAACUGAGAGUCUCUGCUAGGUCACAGCUUGACUUGUAUCGCCCAGAAGGGCUUCUACCUCCUGAGAUGCUUUGCAGAAGAAAAAGGAGAUCACAUUUGUCAGGGGUGCGACGGGGAACUGGGGGCACCCCAGCCCGGGUGAGGGCUGUCACUUACCACCUGGAGGAUCUAAGGAGGAGACAGAGAAUCAUCAAUGAUAUGAAGGAGGCCCAGUGGGGCAGCUCAGGAGCUGCAGCUGCAUCUGUUCCCCUCAUGCUGGCUGAAGAUGACUGUGGAUUCCCCAGUGCGACCCAAUGUCCUGAUCUAGAAGAGGAGAGAGCACCUUAUCCACUGGAACAAGAUCAUCAUCUCACUCCUGGAAGGGCCCAGCUGCUUUGGUCUCCCUGGACGCCCCUAGGCCAUAAGGGGUCUCAUUUUUCCCGGUGUCAGGCUUCCUGCAGCACUGGCACACCCCUUUACAAUCCCUGGGAGCCAGAGCUGCAGUCUGAGGAGUAAGAAGAAACCAUCAAGAGGCUUGUACUGCCCCGGGAACCCACGUCUUGGCCUCAUCGCUGGAAUCGCCUCCAUUUAUGGCAUCAAGGCAUUUCCCUUUCCUUGGCCUUUCCCAACUUCCGCUCCCAUUUAAAUAGCCCCUGCAGUAUCCCACCUCACCCAGCCAUCCUAUAGUUACUCCCCACCUCCUGUCGUCACCCACAUCCCGCUGCCAGACAUUGUUUUAUUAAAAAAAAAAAAAAAAAAAACAAUAAAGUUG